AUUAGAUCUCAAUAAAGAACCUCUCUAACAACAACAUCACCUGCUGUACCCAAGUACACACUAAACAGACCCUUAUUUUUCCAUUAUCCCACACCAAACUUCCGAAGGCAAGCCUUCCGCAAGUACUACAGCACAUCAUGUCCGAUACUGGAAAUUCCAACUCUGGUCCUCCUGGCGCGCCGCCAGCCGACGCUCCAACCGAAACCUACGAUGCAUCAUGCCACUGCGGCGCAUUCAAGUACUCCGUCACUGCAUCUCCUCCGCUCGAUGAUCCCAACGCGGUCCUGGUGGAGUGCAACUGCAGUAUCUGCGUAUCCAACGGUUACCUUCUCGUCUACGUGCCCAACGAGCGUAUCGUUUUCUCAAACGGUGGCAUCGAGCAAUUCAAGUCUUACUCUUUCGGAACUAAGAGAAUGGGCCACUACUUCUGCGGUACCUGCGGUGCAUCGUGCAUGAUCCGCUCGAAGGACCCUGAUUUCUUCACCGGUAUGACGUGCGUUAAUGCACGAAUGCUGCGGGGUGUUGAGCUUGAGAAAUUGAAGCGCAAGUCUGUCGACGGAAAGAGCUUCUGAGAGCUUGCAGUGGGGUUGUUGGCGCAGAUGGCGUUGGAAGUGCAUGGUGUCAGUCGGGAGAAGGGCGAAUGAAAACUGGGGUUGG